AGCGCGCGAAGUGCACACGAGAGUCGCAGCGCACGCUGGCGUUGUCUGUUGCGUGACGAUUUUGCAGUGUGUUUGUAUUUUGUGUGCUUGCUGCGAGUGUCGUAAAGCAUUAAAAAAGCAGUGAAAUUUGCUGAAAUUAAGUGAACAAAGUGUGUGUCCGGAAAAUCCCCCUGAGGAGAAAGCAUUUGAAAAUACACAAAGAACCAAAACCUUGGAAAAAUUGGUAACGUUCUUCGCGAGUGGAGUGAAAUCAUUGCGCAGGGGGCCCCGCGUUGCCGUUUGCCGCGUGUAUCGUAUGACAUGGGAGGAAUUUGGUGGCAUGUGAGCGGGAUCACAUUUCGUCUGGUGGUACGGUACGCGCACGAAGAGGAACCACUGCGCCACUAUCACCUUCCCUGCUGGUAGGCAGUCAGAAACGUCUGACACUGGUCAGACAAGAAUUUAACAUAAAAUCGCGCGCUAGAAAAAAAAAACUACUGCUUCCACGUGGUGCGCAUUUUGCGCGCAACUGUGUGUCUUUGAGUGUGUGCUUGUGUAACUGUGUCGUGUGUGUGCGUGUAAUGCAACCCUAAGCAACGGGUGGGUUACUAUGGCGACGGCAUCAUCUUCGGCGAGCACGUCACCGCCGCGGAUAAAGGUGAAGAAGGAAAUCUGUACCGAUAACGACACGAUCAAGGAGCUGGCGGAAACGGCGAUGAACGACAUCCUCGGCUGGUACGGGUACGACAGUGUCGAUCGUCUCGAGCUGGCCGCUAACAAUGUGCUACCGUCCACCUCUAACAUCACCAACGCCACCGCCCCACUGGACGAAGUAGAUGGGGAGGAGGAGGAGGAAGACGAGGAGGAAGGUCCAGGUGUUCGGCUGAAACAAGCCAGCCCACCCGCUCGACUGUCAUCCAGCGCAUCGUCCACUGUGAAGACAAAAUCGAAACAAUCGGCUCUCAUCGGUAGUGGUCAUUACCUGCCACGGGACGAACCAGUGCACCCCUCCACGUCGUCAGCAGUGGCAGGUGGCAGUGAGCGACGGGUGCAACGAGAUGCAACGUCCAGCGGGGGCCGGCCAGGACAGUCCGGUUCGCCACCCGACCCAACACGGAACGGUAUCGUCUUACAUCAUCAAGCGCAUCAGCAGCAGCAGCAGCAGCAUCAUCAUCAUCAUCAUCACCACCAUCAUAAUACUCCGGCUGGCGGGGAAAGCUCCACCUCGGAGAAGGACAGCUCGCGGGAAAGCUCCAAGAGCCCGAUGCUGAUGAAAAUGCUGACCGACAAGCAAGAGCAAACCUGCCAGUGGUGCCGUAAGGUGAUACCGUCUCAUCAAUCCGGCAUACUCGGCACGACCGAGGGCAUGAUCUUCUGUACCGAGGCGUGCUUUUCCCAGUCGCGCCGGGCGUCCUUCAAGCGGGCGAAAACGUGCGACUGGUGCCGGCACGUGCGCCACGCCGUCAGCUACGUCGACUUCCAGGACGGUGCCUCCCAGCUGCAGUUCUGCUCGGACAAGUGUCUCAACCAGUACAAGAUGCAAAUCUUCUGCAACGAAACGCAGGCCCAUCUGGAGAUGAAUCCACACCUGAAGGAGAAGAGCACGUCGGCGGGAACUCUCAUAACGCCCGAACUGUGGAUGAAGAAUUGCAAAAGCUGCUCAAUAUCCCCGGUGUCCGAUCGGUCCGAGUCGGUAUCGCCCGUACCGUCGCUGCCGGUACGCUCGUCACCGGAACCUUCGCCAGUGCUACUGCGAUCUCCAACGCCCGCCAAAAAGCCGCUCAUAUCGGUGGCACCCGCAUCGAAGCUGCUGUCCAAAUCGCUUCAGCCCAGCACGCUUCCGACCCGCCCGAGUCCAAAGAGCUCCCGCAAGCGCCGUACCGGUCAUAGACCACCGGCGGGCACGAAUGCUUCGAUGUCGUCCGGCAAACGAUCGACAGCGACGCACCAGGCGGAAUAUGGUGGUGGUGCUGGCGGUGGUGGUGGUGCUGGUAGCAGCAUAAACAACAAUAACAACGUUACCAUCCCCAACAACAAUCUACUAACCGGUGGCGGUCCUGGGACGGUCCCGCAAAAGCCACCGCCCAGUGUGCAGGAUUUAAGAAUCCUGCAAAAGAAGGUGCACGGCUCCGUCGUGAACCUGGCGCCAAACGAUGGGCCCCCACUCGGCGCCGGGUACGAUGGGCGCGAUCUCACCGGUGGUCCGCUUGGUCCACCGCCUCCACCGCCCCCGGGUGGAGCGGUGUUAAAUAUUCCACCCCAGUUCCUACCGCCACCGUUGAAUCUGUUGCGUGCGCCCUUCUUCCCCCUCAAUCCGGCCCAGCUACGGUUCCCCGCGGGGCUUCCGAACCUGCCGAAUGCACAGCCUCCGCCGGCACCACCACCGAUGGGACCUCCGCCGAGCCCACUGGCCGGUGGCCCUCUAGGCGGUCCCGCCGGUAGUCGACCUCCCGUCCCGAACCUGCUCGGAUUCGGUGGUGCCGCUCCACCCGUUACGAUUCUCGUCCCGUAUCCCAUCAUCAUACCGCUACCGCUACCCAUUCCCGUACCGAUUCCUGUGAUAGACUUCCUGAAAGCGGCCCUCCCGAAGGGGGAAGGUGAGAAGAUGGACGAGAAACGGGCGGAACAGAAGGACGAACAACGCGCGACGGACGCAACGGCGGUGAUGCUGGUCGAUAGUGACGAGGCGUUGGGUGGUGAGGAGGCGCCGCUGCCGGACCCUCCGCUGGUGGAGGAUGAUUCCGAUGUGCCGCUCGAUUUUACCGUGGGCAGCCAGGGAAAGGAGUCGGAGCGAGACGCACCAACAAGCAGUCGAAACGAGCUGUGGAACGAACUGCCGGUGGAACCUUCCAGCCCGGUGCGUGAGCCAGCGCCGCCAACGUAUGCACUCUCGACGAUUGUGGCGGCUGAAACGGCGGGUGAUCCAGUGCCACCGAUGGGAGAAGAAGAGGCACACCGCGAGCCCGCUGAGUCUGCCAAGCGAUUAUUGCCAAAGUUUAAAAUCACCCGGCUGGAGGCGGGUGGAAAGAUGGUGCUACAGGAGGGUGUUGUGGAGGGUGGCACAAAGGAGGAGACGGAGAUGGAGCGCGAACGCAAGGAGAUGGUGGAGCGCAGCAGGCCGUUGCGCAAGCGGAAGCGGCUCGUCGUGCAGCAGCAUCUGCACGAGCUGGCGGAAGAGCACGAGCUGGCGGAGCGUACGAACGAUGGGGAUGGGAACACUGGGGAAGCGCAACAGUACCGGAGCGGUGGCAUUGAGCUGCGGUCGGGUAAUAAAAGUGUAGGCAAGUAAGCAAGAUUGAAUGGGAAAAUCAAUGGUGUAAUGGUGCUGUAAAAGUGGCCGAUGGAGCUCCACUUAGGAUAUGGCUUCAAGCGUAGCGAUCUAGUAGCUGGGAAUGAAAUUCACCCGCUUUCGGGGCAAAGGAGGCGAUGCUAAAAAGAAGCGCAAGGAAAUGCCAAAAGGGGGCAACAGUUGUAGAGCAGUUUUCGGUAUUAAAACAGUUAAAAAAAAUAGACCGACAGCCGGGUGUGCGUUCUGCCAAUAGUGUUGUAUAGAAUUUUAUUCGUAGUAUAAACUAGUUCCAUAAGUGGCGCAGCCCUUCACAAAAAUAUAAAUGUAUACAAAAAAGCGAUGGAAAUUUUGCUUCAAUUUCAACGGAAAUGAGAAACAUUGAUGAUUAUUGCAAGCGAAAGGGUGUGUAAAAGUGUGUUGAGUUAGUGUUCGUUUUUUUGUUCAAUUUCCGGAUUUCCCCGGGUUCAUUUGUACAGAUCCCACAGCGAGAUCUGCCCGUCCUUGCCGGCCGCCGCCAUGACGGGCGCGUUCCACAUCGUCACCUUCGCCUCCGAGUACGCCACGUCCAGCAGUUCGCCCUUGUGCUCGGUCAGUACGGCCAGUGGCCGCAGGCUCUUCCACGAGAAGAUGCGCAACCGGCCAUCCCACCCGGCACUGGCGAACACCUUCAGAUCCUUCCGGAUGCGUACCCGGUGCACGCCGGCAUUCUUGAUCGCAAUGUCGCUCUUCGGCAGCAGCUGGUGCGUGUUGCGAUCGAUGGAAAAGACGGACAGCUUGUCGGCGGACCCGCCGCACACGCCCCGGUUCGUGACGGGAUCGUAAUCGAUCGUUUGCACGCAGUCCGCGUUCUCUGUGACGUAGUGCGUGGUGGAGGAGACCGGCCGGCCGGUCCGGCAGUCCCACAGUACCAGCGCCCCGGACUCGUACCCGGCCAGCAGAUAGCGCUGGGAUUGUAGCUCCACCGGCAGGAAGCACAUGACGGUACCGUACGGCAGCGCCUUCUCGUCUUCGGCCGUCGGUGUGAGGCGCAUCGUUUCGCUGAACGUUUUGCCGCACAGGACACUGAUGGCGGCCCGGUCGCGCGGUACUAUCACAGUGCUCGUGCGGGCGUCGUACGCCAGCCGGCAGAAGCCGACGUGCUCGGUGGAGAUUUCGUGGCGCAACAGGUACUCGGCAUCGGCCAGCGCCCACAGCUUGACCGUGCCGUCCUUUUCCUGCGUGAUCAGUGCGUCGGAGGUGUGGGCGAGGUUCAGGAGCGGGCUAGAGCCGACGGUGAGCUGGUAGGACGUGCGGUUCGUCUGUGUGUGUAUAUGUUGUGGUUGUUGUUGGGAGAAGAAGAUAAGCAAUGAAACGGAAAUGUGAGCAACGGAUUGAUUGCCCUGGAGAAGUAGUAGUGGAAGAGAAACUGCGACUUACAUUUAGCUCCCACAGCUGGACGGUUCCUUUGUCCGUGCCGGCGUACAGGUGCUCCGGGGUGUGGAAGCAGAGCGAGUAGUAGGAGCAGGCUUCCGGCGAGCGCAGGCAAAACACCGGAUCCGGUGGAAGUAAGGCCAUGAUGUUUCGGAUGUAGGUUGAUUUGUAAGGUGAGAGAGAGACAGAGAGAAAGAGAAUGUUCACUUAAGGAGUACGGGAUACUGUCACCAUUCCGAAUGUAAAACGUUCGAAAUGUGCGACGCUGGUGAAAAGACACGGUAUGGGUAAAACAAUAAACAACAAACAAACA